UUGCACGUCUAGCUAGCGGGUCAUCUAAAUAUGAAUGCAUGUGUCGCUGUCAACAAAAGAAUCCGCUGCACUUUCUUAACCUUUUUCUACCUUAAGUCAUGUUGCGUUCCCUAAUUCGGUAGUCGGUGCACAAGAAUGCCACGACCUUGAGCGUGUAGCGCGGAACAACUUAGCCUAGCCCGCACAGAUGAGAUUUUGGACUUCUGUCUUUUGUUUGUUAAAAUAACCUCAUUCCGUUUUCGGAUCUCCCCUCGUUCCCCUUUUCCUUAGCAUGGAGUCGUUUGAGGUCAUUCUCGGAUGUUCUACGUGUCUCGCUGUAGGCGGAAUUGUGUUUGCUGCCUACCGAUUUGGAUUGCUCUAUCAGUUUUUCCACAAGACUGAGACGAACAGCCCCCGGCACGGCGGCGAAAGUGUGGCGGAGGUCCUGCGUGCCCACGGGAUUAAGUAUGUCUUCACUCUCGUUGGUGGACACAUCUCGCCCAUCCUGGUGGCCUGUGAGAAAGUGGGAAUCCGGAUCGUGGACACCAGGCACGAGGCCACGGCCGUCUUUGCUGCCGAUGCCGUGGCGCGGCUUUCAGGUACUGUUGGUGUAGCUGCAGUGACGGCAGGCCCAGGUCUCACUAACACUGUGACAGCAGUCAAGAACGCUCAAAUGGCGGAAUCACCGUUGUUGCUCAUGGGAGGGGCUGCUGGUACACUACUACAGGGCAGAGGAGCGCUGCAAGACAUUGACCAAAUGUCUCUGUUCAAGCCUCUGUGUAAGUUCUGUGCCUCCAUCAGAACCGUCCGAGAAAUCGUGCCUGUUUUGAGAAAGGCGCUGGCCGUCGCCCAGUCUGGAACCCCCGGGCCCGUUUUUAUAGAAUUCCCCAUCGACACUCUAUACCCUUUCCAUCUGGUGUCCAGAGAGUUUGCUGUUAAAAACCCUCCCAAAGGCCUGAUGGGUAGAAUCAUCUCAUGGUACCUUAACAACCAUCUCAUGAACAUAUUUGCUGGUGCCUGGGAGAGGAGAGACAUUUCACCUCUUCCUGUUGACAUCCCACAAGCCACAGACAAUCAGGUACAAAAGUGUAUUGAACUGGUGAGUCGCGCCAAGAAACCCGUUAUCCUCCUUGGAAGCCAAGCCACACUACCACCGACACCGGUUGAUGAGAUCAGGAGCGCUUUGGAGGACUUGGGCAUCCCUUGCUUCCUUGGGGGCAUGUCCCGAGGCAUGCUGGGUAAAGACAGCCCAUUCCACAUUAGACAAAACAGACGCGAUGCUUUGAAGGAGGCCGACGUGGUAAUCCUUGCAGGCACAGUGUGCGAUUUCCGUCUGGGCUAUGGGAAAGUUCUGAACAGACGGAGCAAAAUCAUCGCUGUCAACAGAGACAGGAAGCAGCUGUUGAAAAACUCGGAUAUGUUCUGGAAACCAACUGUAGCCAUUCAAGGUGACGCUGGUUCACUUUUAGUGAGGCUUUCCAAGGGCUUAAAAGGUUAUCGCUGUCCAGAAGAGUGGCCUCAAAGCCUCAAAGCAGGAGAUGUGACCAAAGAAAACAUAAAUAGGGCCAAAGCCAAUGAGAAGACAGAGCACCAUUUGAACCCCUUGAAAAUUCUCCACAUUUUGGACGAGCAGAUGUCAGAAGACAGCAUCAUUGUAGCAGAUGGCGGCGAUUUCGUAGGAAGCGCUGCUUAUAUCUUGAGGCCACGUGGACCCUUGCGCUGGCUGGAUCCAGGGGCCUUCGGGACGCUGGGAGUGGGAGGAGGAUUUGCGCUCGGUGCAAAACUGUGCCGGCCUGAGUCAGAGGUGUGGAUUGUCUAUGGUGACGGUUCCCUAGGUUACAGCGUUGCAGAGUUUGACACGUUCACGCGACAUAAGACACCAGUUAUUGCCGUUGUGGGAAAUGAUGCAUGCUGGAGUCAGAUUUCCAGAGAACAGGUUCCCAUUCUGGGUAGCAAUGUGGCGUGUGGUCUGGCAUUUACAGAUUAUCACACGGUGGCCGACGGUUACGGCGGCAAGGGCUACCUUAUAAGGCGCGAGGACGAGGAGCGACUCGGCAGCAUCAUCCGCGAAGCUCGGAAGGAGAGCCAGAAGGGCAAAGCAGCACUUCUCAACGUCCUGAUUGGAAAAACCAACUUUCGAGAGGGCUCCAUCUCCGUAUAAUGCUAAAAUGCCCAAAGCAUUGAAAGCAUGCACCCGUUUAUUCCCCUACUAUCAUUGUAGAGUACAAAAUAUACGAUAAAAUGUAUCCCAAAGCCUUAAUAAUACACUUCGCCAUGUUCUGCUUCUAGGGUUGAUUUUCUCUCCUAAUCGUAAUUGUUGCACUUCAAUAAGGACACUUAAGAGGUUAGAAAUAUGAAUUUUGCUGAGGGGACUUCACCUCUUUUGACUGGAUCAUUAAUAUUUACAGCGUGUUUGUUAAACCACACACACAUCUUGCAAAUAAUUGCUUGCCUUUGGUGAUCAGAUGCAACCGCAAUGCCUUUAAUCCUGUUAUCAAAUUAACAUGGAGCCUUUGUUGUUUUUGAAAGCCUGUAAUAUUCUUUAACUGAAGAAAUGGAAUUUUGAAAAAACAAUAUUUUGAAAGUU